AUGUUUUGCUGCGCCUUGCGGGAGCAGCACGAGCUGCAGCAGCAGCAGCAGCAAGUGCUGCUGCAGCGCCACGGGCUGCCUGUGGAGGCCCUCAAGAACCACAGAACUGCUCCAACAACAACCACCACCACCAACAGCAGCAGCAGCAGCAGCAGCAGCAGCGCGAGUCUGCUGCGCUUCGACUGGCGCUGGUUUUGCCAUCACUACCGCCUCCUCGCCUUCUUCUUGUGUCUCCGCUGGCGGCAGCAAUAUUUGCUGCGGUCUUUGCGGGGGCCCCCGCCCCCGCCCCCGAGUCCGCUGCUGCUGCUGCAGCAGCUGCUGCUGCGAGCAGCAAAAGAAGCAGAUGGCUGGCGCUCCUGUCUCCGCCGCAUUUGUGAAGGAGAUGCUGCAGCAGCACUUCCUCUUGCUCUGGGCGUUCUUGGCUGGCGGGAUCUGGGCGGCAGGUGCAGAUCCGCCCACAGGCUCUAG